AUGGUUCAAACACGCUCCCAAGGAAAGGCGAAUCAUGAUCCUCAGCCAUCAAAAGCAGGGGCCGUCAAGUCCAGUCCCGGUGGGACUGGGACGACGGGACAGAAGAGCCACAUACCGGAAAAGCGAUCGCACAGCAAGACCAAGACCGAAGCCGAUGCGUCCGGUUCCAACACUGGCACGUCCAAAAAGGUCAAUACUGGUCCAACUACACACAAAAAGCCAAAGCACGAAAAAGAGGAAACCAAAGAUGUAGACACCAAAUCCGGGUCCAAGGCCCCUCCUGCUGGAGGAGGGGAAUCGAAUUCCAAAAUAUCCAAACUCAUCUCGACAUACGGCACCCUCUUUCUUUCAAAUACAGAUGUCAAAGACCCUCAAUCUCCAACACCAGAGACAAUGCUCGCUUUACUACUCAACGCCAUCUUCUCUUCAGCCCGCAUCUCGCAUGACCUGGCGGCAAAGACACUCGCCACGGCCGUCAAGAACGGGUAUCAUAAGAUUGACGUCCUGAAGAACUCCACAUGGGAUGAACGGACAAAAGUGCUUACUGAGGGCGGGUAUACGAGGUAUCGCGAGAAGACGGCCACUGCUCUAGGGGAGUUGGUGGAGUUUUUGGAGGAAAAGUAUCAAGGCGACCUCAACAACCUUUUGCCGGGAUCCGAAACCGACUCAUCACCCUCAGAGGUGCGCAAGCGACUAAAAGAAAUCAAAGGACUGGGAGACGUCGGAGCCGACAUCUUCUUUGACACUGCGCAGGGUGUCUGGCCUUGUUUGGCCCCAUUUAUCGAUCCGCGCAGCGCCAAAACCGCAGAGGCGAUUGGAAUCCCGGGCGAUGCUCACGUUCUGUGGGAAAGUAAGGAGGUUAAUAGGGAUCCGAUGACCAUGGCUCGACUUGCUGCUGCUUUGACGACUGUGCGGUUGGAGAAAAGGGAGGGUGAGUUCAGAGACGAGACCUGA